UAUGACAUGCGACCUCUUCUGGCUGCAAGAACUCCGCGCCUUAAAGCUAUUCAACGCGUACAAACGUGCUUUACUUGCAGAAGGAGAAAAUAUGCAACAAUAGAAGCCUCGAAGAAUGAUGUUCAAGAUUGUGACAUUGUUAUUGUUGGAGGCGGACCAGCAGGUCUUGCAUUUGCUAAUGCUCUGGUAUCUCACAAGCCUGUUAGAGAAUCAUUACGAAUAGCUCUAAUAGAAGCGAGUGAUCUCAGCCGUGUCCGACAAUGGAGUAUGCCAGAGGGAACAUUCUCAAACCGUGUCAGUUCUCGAACAAACGCGUCGAGGCAAUUCCUUGUCGGAACUGGUGCUUGGAAUAGAGUUGAUGAGACUCGGGUGACACGUAUUGAAGAGAUGCAGGUAUGGGAUGGUAUCUCUGAUGCUCGCAUUAAUUUCACUGCGAAUGAAAUUGGUUUUUCAACUGGGAAUGGGCUGCCUCCUUACAUGGCCACCAUGACAGAAAAUCUGAAUCUUCAGCGGGCGCUCAUCCAAAGCCUGGAUGAUGUUGGCGGAGUAGAGAUCAUCGACAAUACCAAAGUCAGCAAUAUAGAGAAAGAUACAGAGAACGCCGGGUGGCCUAUUGUUCGUACCUCGAACGGUGAAGCUCUGCGUGCCAGAUUACUCGUCGGGGCUGAUGGCCCUAAUUCGCCUGUCCGAUCCUACGCCGGUAUUGAUUCAUAUGGCUGGGCAUAUGAUACGCGAGCCAUAGUCGCGACACUUUUCCAUGCUCCGCGCUUGAAUGGACUUCAGAGCCCAAACACAACAGCCUAUCAACGUUUUCUUCCAACGGGGCCCAUUGCCUUUCUACCUUUAUCGCCAACCGCAUCCUCCUUUGUCUGGUCGACAAAGCCUGCCUUGGCUGCAGCACUGACGUCUGUUGACCCAAAGAUACUUACGUAUAUGAUCAAUGCCGCUUUCAGGCUCCCAGGGAUUUCUAUUCGGCAUCUUCAUCGAUUACUCCUUGAAGAGCAGCAAAAUCUCACUGCUGAAUCAAUAUUAGAGGAGAUUCGAUGGAGGGAGCGCUCACAUGACAUUGACCAGCAUUCGGCUUAUUCCUCUCAUGUAUCUGAAAUUGCUGGGAUCCCGCCAGACGAUACUGAACUGGUUCCACCGGUCAUUACUUCUAUUCAACCCGGUACAGUAGCGUCUUUCCCUUUACGUAUGUCCCAUGCGGAUAGCUACAUUGGAGAGGACGAACGUGGGAGUCGGAUCGCAUUACUUGGUGAUGCCGGACACACUAUACACCCCCUUGCUGGCCAGGGCCUUAAUAUGGGCCUGGGAGAUGCGCAAGCUCUUGCUGACUGCAUUUGUUCUGCUGUCCUUGUUGGCGGUGACGUUGGUUCACGGACCGCCUUAUUGCCUUAUGCACGCGGACGAUACUUCGAAAAUCAUAAGCUGUUAUCAGCGGUGGACAAAUUGCACAAGUUAUAUGGGACGUCACUCCCACCAGUAGUUUGGGCACGUUCGGUUGGUUUGGAAGUCGUGAACGAGAUUGACGCGCUGAAGGCCGCCAUUAUGUUGUCCGCUGGGUCUGGUCCUGGGUUGCUUAAGCAGCAGGCCGAAGGACAGGGUGUUUCGCCUUGGUCCUUCGCGGCGAAUGGUGUGGAAGUAGCUGGCGACGUCGUAGAAGCUGCAAAAAUUAUUAGUCGAACAUUGCAGGGUCUAGUGUCCACUGGACUGAAGCACACAUCAGAGACGAUGGAACGUAGAUGACACCUCAUUACGUUGUCAAUUCAAUGCUUUUUUGUCUUUGAACCUUGCGCGUGUUGUUUUUUUUUCUUUUCUAUUUGUCACUGUACUUCUC